CCUGCCCCCGCCGCCAUGCCCCGGCCCCCGCCCCCGCCCCCGCUGCUCCUGGCGCUGCUCGUGGCCUCGUGCGCGGCGCGGGGCGGGGGGGAGGCGGCGGCGGGGCGCGAGGGCGCGAGCCGCGCGCUGAAGGUCGGCAUCAUCUGCGCGCUGGGGGCGCUGGUGAUGCUGAGCAACGGGGCCGUGCUGGCCGUGGCGGCCUCGGAGGUGUCGGGCUGGAGCCGCAGCAGCCGCCUGGUGUUGCUGUCGCUGGCGGCGGCCGACGCAGCGCUGGCGCUGCUGGUGGUGCCGCUCAACUUGUACGGCGGCCUGGUGCAGGCCGCGGCCGAGCCCCGGGCUGGAGUGGCGGCGGGCGCCGGGGGCGGCCGGGUCACGGCGCCACGCGAGGCCGAGGCUCCAGGCGCGGCCUACUCGGAAGCGUACUGCCGGGCCGUGGCCUACGUCACUUCCAGCGUGUUCGGCGCGGCGCUCUAUUCGCUGGCGGGAGUGUCGCUAGAGCGCUACGUCGCCGUCUUCUUCCCGCUGCGCUACGGGUGCCUGCUGCGGCCACGCCGCGUCGCGCUGCUCAUCGCGGCCGCCUGGCUGGGCCCGGCGCUGCUGCUGCUGCCCGUGGCGCUGCCGGGCCGCGCCGCCGUGCUGCGCGUGCGCUUCUCCUCGGCCGCGCUGCUCUGCGAGCCCGACUACGCCUCCAACGCCGUCUACUCCGCGUUGCUGGCCGCCGCCAUCUUUUGUCCCGCCGCGGCCACCGUCACCUUCGCCAACCUGCGCCUCUGGCAGGCGGCGCGCUCGCAGCGCAGGCGCGGGGCGGCCGCCGGAGGGGCGGGGCUCCAGAGGCUCCGCCCCCGGCGGCUGGACGCCGCCUCCCGGGUCCUAGCGCCCGUCGUGAUCGCCUUCUACGUCUGCUGGGCGCCCUGCAUGGGCACCAUCCUCUACAACGCCAUCACGCGAGACCGUGUCCCCGAGUGGGUGGAGUUCGUGGCCCUGUGGCUGCCUAUUGGCAGCGGCUUCCUCAACUGCUUCGUCUACUUCUGGACCAACCGGAGCUUCCGGCACAAGUGGCGGAGGCUGACGCGGGAGCUCUGCGGGCCCUGCCGCGGUGGCGGGGCCGGGAGGCAGCCAGGGCCAGCCGGGCCCCGGACCCUCAGCGCCGCAGUGGAGAGGCGCGACGGGCAGCGGGGCUUCUCCCCGGAGCCUUCCUGCAGCGCGUCUUCUGCCAGCAUCCUCUUGCCCCUGGAAACGCGGACCGCGGUGUAAGCUGCUCAGGUGCCCAUGGACAGCUGCAGCCAGACGGGCGUUCUUGGCCCGGGGCUGCACGUGGAGGGCAGCUCUGGACAGGGCCGUGAGCAUUUGACAUGGAGGGACCGGGCUCCCACACCUGGAGCUGCCCCAGGAUGGGGGGUACGUUGUCUCCUCCUGCAGCACUCUCAGGUGCUACCGCUCUGUGGUGCAUUGCCCUUCUCCGUGCACCAGGCUAAGAUCCUGCCACCGCCUCCUCCCUCCUGGGGCCGUGAGCGCUGGAGGAGCCAGGCCCACUCUGGGCCUUUGAGAGCUCUGCCGCCCUGCAGCAUCCUGCUGUCCCCCUCCCCACUGUUUCACCUGCCGGUCCCUGUGGUCUUUUAGAGGCACUUUUAGUUCAACGGGAAUCGCGCCGGCUGCAUCUGAGCAGCCUGGGAGGGAUGGAGCAGCGUCCUUGGAGCCCGCACCCCCGACCGGUGCCCACCUGGCUGCCCGCGGCCCCCUCUGAGGUCUGCCUGGGGGUCCCAGCUGGGAAGAAUGACCCCUGCUGCAGACGCUGCCUUCCCGCACUUCACUGGCUGCUCCCCAGUUACUCGUCUAGAAGUGAACAAGGCUGUUUAACAGAGGAGCUCCGGAGACACCUUCGCCCCAUGUCUGAGAGAGAAACCCGGGACUAGACCCCCAGGACUAUGGGAUGGCAGCAAUGCCCGCCGCAGCUUGUCCACCCUGUUGCAAGGUGACUUCCCCCAGCCUCAUCCAGAGAGGCAACAGGGGCUGCGACUCUUCACCCUGCUGCGACCUCUCAGGGACGCCCGGAGGCUGCAUUAAUCAGCUCUAGGCAGUGACUGCAGCCAGGGGACAAUGAGCGCGGAGCCGGCUGAGCGGGCAAUGAACCCAGCCUGCUUCGCAGGUACCUGCUUUUAUUGCCUUACCUCUUACCUGGGGCUGGCUGGAGCUCAGGGCUCCCCAUCCUCUCCCUUCCCCCUUGCACACAGCCAGGCGGGGCAGAUGAUUUAAUGGUGACUCAGUGUAAAUAAAGAUGUAAUUGCUUUCA